AUGAAGCCGCCUGUCAAGAUGUUCAAGGGCAAGUCGACUGACCUGCCACCUAGCGUUUUGAUUCUACGUCGUGUGGCACAGAGAACACUCGAUGAACUCGUGGCAAUUCUCGUCCCCAUAUAUUGCAAUACAACGUUGCCAAGUACAGCCACCCUCUCCCCACCCUGUCCCACUCUCUACAUCUACUCGUGUCAGCCUUGCGACACUGUUGGCAGAGUACAGAAACCCCCAACCCACCCUGUCCCACUCCCUACAUCUACUCGUGUCAGCCUUGCGACACUGCUGGCAGAGUACAGCCACCCCCUCACCACCCUGUCCCACUCUCUACAUCUACUCGUGUCAGCCUUGCGACACUGUUGGCAGAGUACAGCCACCCCCUCACCACCCUGUCCCACUCUCUACAUCUACUCGUGUCAGCCUUGCGACACUGUUGGCAGAGUACAGAAACCCCCAACCCACCCUGUCCCACUCCCUACUUCUACUCGUGUCAGCCUUGCGACACUGUUGGCAGAGUACAGCCACCCCCUCACCACCCUGUCCCACUCUCUACAUCUACUCGUGUCAGCCUUGCGACACUGUUGGCAGAGUACAGCCACGCCCCCACCACCCUGUCCCACUCUCUACAUCUACUUGUGUCAGCCUUGCAACACUGUUGGCAGAGUACAGCCACCCUCUCCCCACCCUGUCCCACUCUCUACAUCUACUCGUGUCAGCCUUGCGACACUGUUGGCAGAGUACAGAAACCCCCAAUCCACCUUGCUCCACUCUCUACAUAUACUCGUGUCAGUCUUGUCAGGUGCCUCUCAGAGUUUUGGGAUAGAUCUGAAAAUGAAAUUUGGUAAGAAUGUCGUGCAAAAGGAUUAA